AUGCGCUGCCAGGAUAGUUGCUGCGUCACCGCCGCCCGGGCCCACUGCACCCUCCGCGAGGCCUGGGUCGUCCGCCUCGCCUUCCUGGCUCUUUCCGCCGUGUUCUUCCUGGCCUGGGCCGUCUUCAUCCUCACCAGCCUGCAGUUUACCCUGCCUCGGCCAGUCCGACAGCCAAUCUACCUGAUGUACCGCCUGGACGGGUUCAACCAGAACAGCAGGGUCUACGCCCAGUCCCAGAACAGCCAGCAACUCGCCGGCAUCUUUAGCAGCUGGGCAGGAGUGCCGCUUCACCCUGAUGCGGUGGCCUCGCCCUGUGGAGCCAUCGCCUUCACGACCUUCAACGACACCUACUCACUCGCAGGUCCAGACGGGUCCCUGUACGUGACACCGAGUGGGAUCAGCUGGCCGGGCGACAAAGGGCUCAAGUUCAAACGCAGUCCCAACUCCGCCCAGGAGCAGUGGAUCGACCCCGAGGACGAGCGGUUCAUCAACUGGAUGCGGGUGGCAGGACUGCCUUCUUUCCAGAAGCUGUGGGGAGUGCUCGAAACUGACCUGCGUCCCGGCUCCUACACAGUUCAGGUCGACAACCAGUUCAACGCGAGUUUCUUCGGCAGCAGCAAGGCGCUGGUGCUGGCGACAGCCUCAGCACUCGGAACACGCAACGCCUACGCCGGGUGGUUCGUGCUGGGGUGCGCCGUGGCCAAUCUGGCAGCAGGGUGCCUGAUGCUGUAUGAGCGGCGACUGUCACUGGACAGUGAAAGCGAGUGA